UGAUAGAUCCCCAGAGUUGGCAGGGCUUUCACCUGUUCGGUUGUCUAGCCGGUGCGAUCCUGCGAUGCUCAUCAACAAUGCGUGCUCUAACAAGAUUAUACCCGGUCAGAGCGGUAUUUUUUAUCUGCCUCGACGUGGUCGUCGCUCGACAAGCAUGGAACGAGGAAGUCAGGCGACAGAUGACAGGCCUUCACGACGAUUUUCCCGCCGGCAAGCUGUGGCCCGAUCACCGGAAUUGGAGACCUUCGCCAAUUGUCACGGCUGGGGCCAUCGCGGCCGUCGUGUUCGGCUGUUUGCUGCUGAUCGCCUUCAUCUUUGCCUGUAUCAUCUGGUGCUGCAAACAGGGAUCAGCCACAGCGAUAACGGAGCCCCUUGUGCAGUCGUCGCACCACGUGACAGAGGGUUACGCUGCUCCAACCAGCUCGGCUGAUCAUCUGUACCCACCUGGCUCUCUACCUUGUGGACAGCCCUGGUCUCAAGCCCCGUUCUACCAGCAACCACACCGCCAUCCCGAACCGCACCUACCGCCGUACCUCGUUCCGACGGCAGAGUCUGUGGAGUCGAUGCCUCCAGCCCCACCGCCUUAUGACUACAAGGAUGGACUCCGUUACUAGAGCUGGGUGUUGUCAGCCACUGUGAGGUUCAGAUACUUCCAGGGGCCAUGUGCCUGAGUGUUGAUGAUAUAGCAGAACAAGUCGAAGCUCCUGCAGUAUCUUUACGGCUGUUAAUGUUCACAUUGUUCCCCUUGCGUCAAUUUCAUGAACUGUGCUAACACCUGUGUUCAUUCAUGUUAAGAAGCUAUGUGCGGAUCGAUUAGGCCUUGGAUCUAACCCGUCGGCGAGGUACGCAGUGAUUAUUAAAACAAGCUGCAGAGUACUACAGCUUUUUUUCUUCAUAAACACGUUUUUUAUUAUGUAAGCAAACAUAUGUUCUCGUCACUCAUUCGUUACCUGUCCGUAUUCUGCUGCGGUAAUUAUCCCAGUAAACCAAUCACCUGCUAUAUUACUACAAUUUAUUGUACUGUCACAUUCCAGCUGCCUGGUCAAUCGAUCCAUUAUAAUUGGUUCAAUGUGCCUAAAACAGGCACGAUUUCUUUAAAAGAAACUAGAGCAGCAUUUAAAUCUCACAACGAGUGCAGACAUGUACGCACUAUCAAAGAAAGGCAACUCUUUCGUCGGUCUUCGUUACUCGUUACUCAGUGUUGUUGUUAGCGUUGAGGUAAUAGAAGGGUGAAAAAGA